CGGAUAGCUGAACGCUUCUGGUCAAGCUGCAACACCCCAACCCACGUCGCCUUGCCUGGUAGUUGUUUUCAUCGCUUAAUAUCUUUGCUCUAGCAGCAGCUGCAUAGGCCGCUCGCGACAUCUUGGCUGCAAGGAAGAAGGCGAGCCGCGAGCUUCAAAAUGCCGCCCCUGGUGCAAGCGGUCCACGAUAAGGUCAAGAACUUCGUGCGCAACAGCGACCAGUUCAAGCGAGUAUGCGAGUCCACGUUUGAGGCGCUGGACUACCGCAGCGCCGGCAAGGUAUCUGUGGAUGACGCGGCCAGCUGCGUGGAGGCGCUCUUCCGGGAGCUGCAGUCCGCAUGCAGCGACUACGGCAUCGUGCUGGACCCGCUCACAUCCGACGACGUACGGAAGAUAUUCCGGGAGUGUGACUACGACUCCAACGCGGUUCUGGACAAGAGCGAGUUCACCGACUUCUACUCGGCGGUGGUCACCUACGCAGCCAUGAGGGCGGCGGCGGGGUUUGGACGCAGGUACGGUCUGGGCAUGCUGGCGGGCGUUGCGGGUGUGGUGGUGGCCAAGUCGGCGCUGCGGCGGCUGCCGGUGGUGGGCGCCGUGGCGUCGCCGCUGCUGGGCCUGCUGCCCACCAUCAUUGUGGGGCCGGCGCUGGGAAUUGCGGCAGUGUACGGUCUGUCUCAGAACGACCUCUUCGCCAUCCGGCACAAGCUAUUCCCGCCCAAGCAGCCGCCCAUGCGGCGGUGAGGGCGCUUGGAGGUGGCGGUGGCGGUGUGCAGGUGGGGGUGCACGGCGCAAAGAAUUCAAAAGUGCUGGAAAGAGGUGGUGCAGUGGAGGCUUGGCGGCAAUUGGCCAUUGGUGUGCUGUAGAGCUGCUAGCGAAGGGGCCGUGUACGCUUGACCAGGGAGUGGCCGGCCGACGUGACCGAGUGACAUACAUUGGGGCUCAGGAGGCUGUGAUCCGAGUGACAUUGUUUGUGACGCGUGACAGCGUAGUAGGACACAGCUGUGCGCAGCCAUACUAAUAGGCAGUGAUGGCAGUCAGGUGCGGCAGUCAGGGGUGGCAGAAACUGGUGUGGAGCUCGAAUGUAUUUACAGGGGGCCUGACUGCGGCUGUGCGAUGGUCGUGUGCAGUGGUGGGCUGCCCUUUGGCAGGUGACGUUGCACUCCAGGCGUGAGAAAGUUGGAGAGAGCCAUGUUGUUAUGGCCGUUGCAUGGAGCGGUGAUUGUUGAUUGUUCCGCGUGUACCAGGGGUGCACCUGCCCAAGACCCCCUGCACGGGAAACUGGGAAAGGCCGUACCGCCAGAUAAUCUUCUCGGACAGCGAUUUUGAGACGCCAUUGUGUGUGUGGGGGGGGGGGGGUAGGUCCGGUUAAGAUUGCUGUCCGAGAAGAUCACCUGGCGCAUUUAGGCCUUGAAAUC